UCUCUAAACUCUUCUUCUUCUUCUUCUUCCAGAAACUAUUCACUUUUAACAGCAGCAGAAAAAGACGAUACAAAAAUCACGGGACUCCAAAAAUCACCGACUUUCUCCAUACAUCUUCCCAACAUAUACUAUCAUCAAUUUCAUCAUGUCCCCCAAAACAGUUCAUCAAAAACUACAUACAAACCCCAGAUUUAAAUCUCAACAAAUUGUCGAACAACAAUGCCGGAUAGCUUCGAUGCUGUCUCUUUCGUUGAUAAUGAAACAGAGUUCGACAAAUCUAUGCGGGGCAAAAUUGAUUUGGGCAUGUGGGAAAACUUGCAGGAGCUGAGAAAAUUAAGCUCUCAGCUUUACAAUGCCGCUGAUUAUUGUGAAAGAACUUUCAUGAAUGCAGAAGAUAAGAAAAGUAUGGUGGAGACGACGAAGGCGUACAUUUCAAAGGCUGUUGUUACAGUUGUCGAUCAUUUAGGCAGCAUCUCAUCUAAUCUCGAAUCAUGUAUCGCCGAUAGCAAUUCGGUUCUUCAAACAGAGCAUAAAAUGUACAUCUUGAAACUGAGAAUUGGAACAUGCCUUCAUUACUCUCACAAACUUGCCCUUCCAAGGUUUUACUGGAAUGCCGAUCCUUCGCGACAUCAUCGUCGCUAUAUAUUGCCACCUUCAACAGAUUCGUUGAUGAAGAUCGAUGUCACAAUGAGGGAUAGUACUAUAGGUGGUAUUGAAGCGAAGAUAAUCGAAAAGGAAGACGAAUUCGAAACAGAGGAGCCGCUGUUUCUACACACGUAUAACUGCAAACCGUCUUUGGUUGACAAUUUCUCAAUAACGAACAUUGAGAAAAGGAAUGGAUCUUCACCUCAAGUGGUACCGGUGCGUGACGGGCUAUCGAUACUACCAAAAGCCGAGCAAUCAACUUUCCAGUUUCAGGAAGUUCGGAAACUAAAACGAAGCAUGAUCAAUUGGAAAGUGAUGCAGAACAAGGACAUUGCAUCGCUAAUUCGGCGUGGCAAGAGAAUUCUUGCGUAAAAUAUGUCGAUACUAACGACGUUUUUCUUUUUUUUAAUCUGUAAUUUGGAUUAUGUAAUGUUAACCGGUACUUUAUUUUGGUCAGUAUGCACCAUGAUGUAUAUAUGAUUCAAAUCAUGAUCAUCCCUUCUAAUUUGCAGACAUGAUUUGAAUUUUGAGGAAAUAAAUUGAAGAAAAUGACAUAA